AUGCAUUCUUCAAUGUUUAUCUAUAUUUUUUCAUUGAUAUCAGUAAUUAUUUAUGCAAAACAUCAUUCAGAUGUAAUAACAUUAGCAACAUGGAAUAUUGGUUUAGAAGAACAACUAGCAACUGAAAGAACAUCAUCAAUUAUCAAUGCUAUUCGUAAGAAAAAUGCUGAUAUUGUUUGUUUACAAGAAGCAUGGGGUGGACCAUUGAUUUUACGUCAAAUUUAUCAAUCACUCAAACAUGUUUAUCCUUAUUAUGAAAUUGUAGAUGAUCGUAUGCGUAAUUAUAUUAGUAGUAAACGAUUACCAACACAAACAUACAAUCCUGCUUGUAUACCUUCGAAUAUAACAAGUGCACAACUUUGUCUUGCUACAUAUUGUUCUGCAAGUCGUGAUAUAGAACUACUUAUAUGUGCCAUGAUUAAAUGUCCAAUAAACUUUCUAGCCCUUUAUACAAAUUCAAAAUGUUGGGCAUGUAUUUUUGAAAGAUUUAUUAGUCGUCAAGAUCCAUCAGCUCUCAAUUAUUGUGGUGCAAUUAUUUUACCUAAAUUGAAUAAUACUUCAUCAGGUAUUAUUCAUAUUUCAACUGAAGAACCAUGGGAUCAUACAAUUGGUUUGAUGAUAUUAGCAAAAAGAGGAUAUCCAUUAAAAAAACUAGCGGCUAAUCUUUUUUCAGAAUAUUAUCUUUUUCCUCGUGGUUAUAUUAUUGUUAGUGUAGAAAACAAACAAUUAAUUAUUUCCAAUACACAUGUGGCUACAGUUGAAACACCUUUUCCUCAUGCACCUAAAGGAACAUUUUUUAAUAAUAAAUAUGGUAGUUGGAAUGAAGAAAAUAAAGGACAAACUAUAGAACUUGAAUCUAUUGUUUGGAAUUUAUUCCGUAAUAAUAGACGAAAAUAUAAAAAUGCUAUUAUGGCAGGUGAUUUCAAUAUGGGUAUUGCUAAUGUUGAACAUAAUGUAUUAGCAUUACAAGCUGAUAGUUGGAAUUAUAUACAUCAAUUAAUUGAUACUGAUGGAUCAAGAAGAUGGUAUGAUGAUUAUACAGAAAUGCAUCGUCUUUGUACACGAUGUACAGAUAAUCUUGUUGUUCAUUUUCCUGUUAAUUAUAUAUAUGAUCAUAUUUUUACACAUGGAAAUAUGUUUCAUUCUUGUGAUUUAUUUACACGACGUAUAUUUGAUGAUCGAGUAACAAUUAGUGCUCGAAAUGAAACGAUUAUAACAAGUCUUUCUGAUCAUUAUGGUGUUGAACUGAUUGUUGCUUGUUAA